AUGGCAGGAACAAUAUGGUACACACUGGGUGUGUCAAUGUUUGCGGCGAUUGGCACCUUCCUCUUCGGUUUCGACACCGGCAUCGCCACCACAACUAUCGCACACCAGAGUUGGAUCGACUACAUGGACAAGCCUAACAAAGGCUUGACCGGCGCUGUCGUCUCCACCUACAUUGCCGGCGAGGCCGUGGGAGCUUUGACCCAGACUGCCAUCGGCGACAAGCUUGGGCGAAUCCGCUUCAUGCAAAUGAUGUGCGUGAUCGUCACGAUCGGGACGGUCAUCCAAACAGCCUCUCAGAACAUUGGCAUGUUCCUAGCUGGUCGUGUGCUCGCUGGCUUCGCGGUCGGAGGCAUGGUCGCCACAGUGCCCAUCUACCUGUCUGAGAUUUCGGCGCCCAACGUCCGCGGUCUUAUCGGUGGCAUCUCAGGGUGCGGGAUUUCUCUGGGAACAAUGAUGUCCAACUGGGUCGGCUUCGCAUGCAGUUACGCGCCCUACGGCGCCAUUCAAUGGCGUCUACCCCUCGGCAUCCAGAUUCCCUGGGGUAUAAUCCUAUUCAUCGGUCUCGCUACAUUCAUGCCGAACUCGCCCCGUCAACUCAUCCGGUGGGGGAAGAUCGAAGAAGCUCGCCGCGCGUUCCUGCGCAUCAGGAAGGACCUGACCAGCCAUGAAGUGCAAGAGGAGUUUACUCUGAUGCGCCGCCAGAUUGAAUUCGAGCAGCAGAGAGAGAUCAACGGUCUUGGAGAGGUCUUUAGAUUGUUCAGACACAGGGCAUUGGUCUCGAUCGCCGUGCAAACCAUGACUAGCCUCACGGGCGUCAACGUCAUCCAAUACUACCAAACCAUCCUGUUCAAAUCCCUAGGCAUAAACAGCCACAUGAUCCUCGCCCUCGCCGCCAUCUACGGCACCUUGGCCUUCACCUCGAACGUGCUCACGACGAGAUUCCUCGCCGACCAAUGGGGUCGUCGAAAGAUGAUCCUGGCCGGUCUGUCCGCCAUCAUCGUCAUCGAGAUCUACGCCGCCGUCAUGCAGCGCGAAUUUCAGAACACGGACAACAAGACCGGCAAGGGCUUCGCCGUGCUGGGGAUCUAUCUGUUUGUUGUUGCUUAUUACGGCAUGCUCAAUUCGACGACCUGGCUUUACGGCGCCGAAGUCCUGCCCAUCAACUUGCGGUCCAAGGUCAUGGGUCUAGCUGCUGCGAGCCACUUUAUUGUGAAUGUGGGGAUCACCGAGGCGGGACCAUCUGCAUUUGCCAACAUUCAUGAGAACUAUUACUACGUCUUCGUUGCGUGCUCGUUCUUCUUCCUCAUCCUCGCAUACUUUUUCUUCCCAGAGACAAAGAAGAAGACCCUCGAAGAGAUUGCCGCUGCCUUCGGAGACAAGGUCGUGCUUUUGGACGAGAACGACGUCGCCACCGAGUCGGCAGUGAUGGGAGACAAGCUUGGAGCCGUUCAGGUCGAGAGUGCUGUGGCAUCCUCCAAGGUUUGA